AUGGCCACCAGGACUCCAAGGCCUUCGAAGGCGCGACCGUCGAAUGGUCAGCACUCAGUGGGCCCGACGGCACUCAGUCCACCACAAGUUCGGCAGCCAUUCACUCCACCACCGCGGAGCCGUGACGAUGACGAUAAUGCCGAUGGUAACGAGGAGGUUGUGGCGAAGCUUCAACAGCUACAAGCCGGUAAAGGGAGCAUAUCUGGUGGGCUGAAUCCGAAGCCCCACGGCUCUUUCAAUAUCGAGGACAUGGCUGUGUGUGCAAGUCCGGGGGAGUUUGCUCGUGCGAAGAGGAAGAGCGAUGGCUCCCGGCUACAAGCGCUCGAGACUCAGAGCCUGGCGACGAUGCUCCGGAAAGGCAUUGUAAAGCAUCAACUCGGCCUGUCGCUCAACCUCAUCAUUCUGCUCGGCAUGAGCUGGUGUCUGUUCCCGAGCCUUCGGCAGACCUUGGAGGCUUUCUUUACGCUCAGCUACCAGUCGAACCUCCCAGGUCAAGAAGCAAUGUACGGCGAGGGAUUGCGCGAUCUGUACUUCGUCGCCGCGUUCACGGUCCUUCUCAUCGGCGUCCGAGCCUUCAUGCUUGAUUACGUCCUUACUCCUCUGGCGGGCCUCUGGGGUAUCCGAAAUCCACGCACUCGUGACAGGUUCGCUGAACAGAGCUUCCUCCUCCUGUACUACAUCAUCUUCUGGAACUGGGGCCUAUACCUCUUUAUCAGCGAUACGCCAUCACUCUCCGCAUCCGCCACAGCACCAACCUCCAGCGCUUUCUCCAAUUUGCUCAUCUCGCUCUGGACUGGCUUUCCGCGGCUUUUGGUCCAUUCAAGUAUGAAGUUGUACUAUCUUUCGCAGCUGGCUUUCUGGAUCAAGGAGAUUCUGGUUGUGCACCUGGAGGAGAAGCGAAAAGAUCACUACCAGAUGCUCACACAUCAUCUUGUCACAGUUGCGCUGAUGGCUACAAGCUACGGGUAUCGACAGUGGCGGGUCGGCAACGCGGUUUUGGUUGCCAUGGACAUCGUGGAGAUCAUUUUCCCGACAGCUAAGAUACUCAAGUAUCUUGGCCUACAGGCAGCCUGCGAUUUCGCUUUCGGCAUGUUCGUCUUCCUGUGGCUGAUCGCAAGGCAUGGCUGUUACCUCACGAUCUGCUGGAGUAUCUACGCUCACGUGAACGAGGUUGUUAUGCCGUAUGGAACUUACAGCCUGAACGAAACUGUAAUCGACCACAGCAGCGGUACUCCCAUCGUGUCUGGAGCGCGUUUGGGACCUGACGGCGGUGAAGACGCAUGGCGACACAUUUUUCAACCAUUCGUUGACACAGGCGCGGAGACCGUCAGCUUCAACGCGAAGAUCCGCUGGAGUUUCCUGGGCCUUCUGCUGGGCUUGCAGUGCAUCACGCUGCUCUGGUUCUUCAUGAUCUGCCGCGUCGUCCUGAAAGUGCUGCGUGGCGAGGGAGCAGACGACACGCGAUCGGAUGAUGAAGGCGAGGACGAAGAAGAAGAGAACUCGAGCUCGACGCUCACUCCGGACUCAUCUCCCGGACAGCCCAUCACUCCAACCGGCGUUCCCUACACGAUGCAGCCAGAGAAGCAGCGCUUCAUCGAGAUCGAGGCAGAUUCGACCGAGUACGUCCGCCGAACGCCUUCCCGCUCCGGAACGAGUCCUAGUGGGAACGCGGCGUCACGGUCGCGGAAGGGCAAUGCGUUUGCGUCUGGCUUGAACCUGGGCGAGCACAAGGACAUUCUCAAUCGGAUUGGUUGCUUGAGCGAAGAGCAGCUGGCUCGCGAGAGGGAGAAGAAGGGUGAGAGAUGA